GGAAGAGUAAGAUACUAAUUUACUGCUCUCUUAUUUUCAUUCUGAAAGCUUUAAAAGAUACCUAAUUAUGCUUCAGAUUGUGUUCUUCUCUACCCUGUUAGUUUUCAUAUUCAUUGAAUCAGUGAAAAAUACAUGGAUCUGCAACUCCCUAGAGGCAGAGGUGACAUAUUCUUCCUGUGAUGGCAAGAAGCCCAUUCCAACAAUAAAUAUUAGACCCUGUUUAAGUUGGCAAAAGACUAGAGGAAAUUUGUCUUUGUACUAUGUGCCACGGAGAGACCUGAAAGACCUAUAUUUUAAUAUUCAUGUAGAAUUUCAGUCAUCUAUAUUAUUACCACAGAGGAAAGAAGUCAUAUGUCGUGGGAAUGAUGGUGAUUACUCAUUCUGCAAAGUUUUAAAGGGAGAGACCAUCAAUACAACAGUGCCCUUUUCCUUCUCAUUCCUAAACUUUCCUAAGGGAUUCUAUAUUUUUAUUGCAGAAGCCUUCUCUGGUGGUAUGGAAGAUUCACUGUUUUGUUGUAAUAUUACACUCAAACUCAAAUAAUAA